CAUAUUAUUAAAAACAAGUUAAUUUUGUUUAUUUUAUAUUAAAUUAUACUUUCCUUCUGUUAAGUGUAAAGAAUAAAAGGAAAAAGGCAUUUUACUUUUCAAAUUAUACGACGACACACUCUUUUUUUUUCAAAUCCCUCCCCACGUGGUUGUUUUCCGCAAAGAAAAGAGAAUAAAAUAAAAAGUCUACAAAUUACUUUUAUUUAAAAAUAGAAAACGCAACAAAAAAAUUUUGUUUAAAUUUCCUAAUUGAAAAUAAAUAAAAUUGAACUUGAAUAAAAUCUAUCAAAAAAUUUAAAAGAAAACAAAAAAAAAAUGCAAUCAACGAGUAAUCCAAGCCAGAAAUCAUCAUCGUCUUCAUCGGACAUGAAAUAUAUUUUGGUUACCGGUGGAGUAAUCAGUGGAGUUGGCAAAGGUGUCAUCGCCAGUUCGUUUGGAACAUUGCUAAAAUCAUGUGGCUUGGAUGUGACAUCGAUUAAAAUUGACCCGUACAUAAAUAUCGAUGCUGGAACAUUUUCUCCAUAUGAACAUGGUGAAGUAUAUGUUCUCGAUGAUGGCGGCGAAGUAGACUUGGAUUUAGGAAAUUACGAACGUUUUCUCGACAUAACAUUGCAUCGCGACAACAACAUAACAACUGGCAAAAUCUAUAAACUUGUUAUAGAAAAAGAACGCACUGGUGAAUAUCUUGGUAAAACAGUACAAGUUGUUCCCCACAUAACCGAUGCUAUCCAAGAAUGGGUAGAACGUGUUGCUCACACUCCAGUCCGUGGUUCUAAUAAACCACAAGUAUGCAUUGUCGAAUUGGGCGGCACUAUUGGUGAUAUUGAAGGAAUGCCUUUCGUUGAAGCAUUUAGACAAUUUCAAUUUCGUGUUAAACGUGAGAAUUUCUGCUGUGCUCAUGUUUCUUUAGUCCCAUCACCAAGAGCUACUGGUGAACCCAAAACAAAACCAACUCAAAGUUCGGUUAGAGAAUUGCGUGGUCUUGGAUUAAGUCCAGAUUUUAUUGUUUGCCGUUCCGAAAAACCAAUCGGAUCUGAAGUUAAAGAAAAAAUAAGCAAUUUCUGUCAUGUUGCACCUGGACAAGUAAUCUGUAUUCAUGAUUUGAAUUCAAUUUAUCAUGUUCCCUUGUUAAUGGAACAAAAUGGUGUCGUUGAGUUCUUGAAAGAAAGGCUUAAGUUGAAUAUUAAUCCAAGUAAAAGAGAGAAAUGUCUCCAACAAUGGAAGGAUUUGGCUCGUCGUAGUGAAAAUCUCCACAAAGAAGUUAUAAUUGCUGUAGUUGGCAAAUAUACACGCCUGGAGGACUCUUAUGCUUCCGUAUCAAAAUCUCUUCAACAUGCAUCGUUAGCAGCUGGAUAUCGUUUAAAUCUUCGUUUCAUUGAAGCUUGUCAUUUAGAAGAACAAACUCGUGAACAGACACCGGCACUCUAUCACGAAGCUUGGCAAACACUAUGUGGCAGCCAGGGAGUGGUAGUGCCAGGUGGUUUCGGAAGUCGUGGCAUGGAAGGCAAAAUAACAGCGUGUAAAUGGUGUAGAGAAAAUAAAAUCCCAUUCCUCGGUAUUUGUCUUGGUCUUCAGGCAGCAGUCAUUGAAUAUUCUCGCAAUAUGUUGGGCCUGAAAGACGCCAACACUACAGAAAUAAAUCCAGACACUGCAAAUCCAGUUGUUAUCGAUAUGCCAGAACAUAAUCCUGGUCAAAUGGGUGGAACAAUGCGAUUGGGCAAACGCAUUACGGUAUUAAAGCCAGGAGAUAGUAUGAUCAAAAGAUUGUAUGGCAAUCCACAGACAAUUGAAGAACGUCAUCGUCAUCGUUACGAAGUGAAUCCAAAAUAUGUACCAGAGUUGGAAAAAGUCGGUAUGAAUUUUGUUGGUAUGGAUACAGAAAAAGAGCGAAUGGAAGUUAUGGAAUUGAAAGGACAUCCUUACUAUGUUGCCACACAAUAUCAUCCAGAGUAUUUAUCUAGGCCUCUUAAACCAAGUCCACCAUUUUUGGGUUUGAUUCUUGCAUCAGUUGGUAAAUUGAAGAGCUACGUAGAUCGUGGGUGUAGACUUUCACCAAGACAAAUGUCUGAUGCCAGUUCAGAUGAAGAUGAAGUUAGUAUGUUGAAUACAAUGAAUUUGAAUGGAGAUGCACAAGAAUCGAAUAGGUUAACAGUGAAGACAGUUAAAUUGACAAAUGGUUACGGCAGUGCCGCAUCAGAUCAAUCGUCAAAAGAAGCUUCCGAUUAAACACAAAAAUAAAAAACUAAAGCAAUAUAAAAAUCGUCUGUAAGAAUUGAGUUAUACGCUAAUCUUGAUGUCGUUAAGAUGGGAAAAUGGUUGCAUGUCAUUUAUAUCUAUUUGAGUAUGAAGAAGAAAAAAGUGCCAAUUUUCCUUAGGUUUUUUAGUUAAAAAUUAAGAAUUUUAAAUGCUUUUUUUAUUUCUAUUUGUUUGGAAAUAUAUUUCUAAGGUAAAUUUUGUCUUAAAAAUAUUUGUAGCAACACUCAAUGCCAGUUGUUACUACAACAUGCAACCAUUUUUUUUUUUAAGUGAUGCAAACAAAAAGAAAGAAUUUUAUACAAUUUAUUAUCAUUUUUUUAUUUUUAUCAAUUUAAUAAUCUUUUUCUUUUUAUAUUAAUUAAGUUACAUAGUUUUAAGAAAGAUAUCGCAAAAAAUACAACAAAGACAUCAGUUUUUAAAUAUUUAUUUUAUGGUUUUUUUUUCAAAAAAAAUGUGUUCAAAUUAAAGAAAAAAGUAUAUUUUUUUUUUGUAAAAUCUGUUAUCAUUUAGGCUCGAAUGAUGAGAAAAUUUGUUAAAAUAUUAUUCUAAAAAAAAGUCUAAUUUAGAAAAAAAUGUGAAGAAGAACACAU